UAAGUGUGUGUCUGUCUUUGUGUGGGCAUUUGUGCAUCCUGCAUGUUUGUUUUUUUGUUUUUUUACAUCCUUUUCACUUAUUACCAUUUAAAUAGAUUCCACUUAACCUACCCAGACCUAAACCGCCUACCUUCCAUGUCCAAAAUGCAGAAGACAAAAGAUCUAUACUUUUCAUCACUGAUGACAUUUUCCUCUUUUUGAAAAUGGAUGGAUUAUUUAAUUUGAUUCACUUUGUCCUGGCAGAUUAUAUGUGAGACUGGUCUGAGAGGUUUUUUUUUACUCUUUUCAUUGACGUGGCCAGAGAGAAGCUGUGGACAUGGCUCCGGUUGGUAUUAAGUAUCCCUCAGUAUUCGUGGUGGACAGCAAUGCCAGAGCACCUCCGCUGCCCCCCAAACCGGGCUGGAGCAAGCGUCACGGGGCGACCCAGACACUGCUGUUGGUCCUGGUCAUUGUGGCUCUGUGUGGCAUGGCUGUGGAGGCCUUUUUCAUCUAUCAUCUUUACUCAUCCAAAGAUAAGCCUACCUCCGCAAAUGAUCCACAGACUGCCAUGAGAAAACAAGAGAAAGAAGAUACUGUGCCCCCCAAGCAAAAACCAGUUGGAGUUAUGAAGCCAUCAAAACCAAUGGCACAUCUGACAACUGGUCAGCAUCCUGCUGAUGGAGUCCUGCUGUGGACGGAGAAUCAGGAAUCCAUCCUUCACCAUGUAAAACACAAGGUCAAUGAGGGCAAGCUCAUCAUAGAGAAGGAGGGCUUCUAUUCAGUCUAUUCUAAGAUCAGCUUAAAAGAGAACAGCUUCAUGUUCAAUCACUCUGUACUCCAGAUCACACCUCGAUACACAGAGGGAGAGAUUUUGCUUCUCCAGUCUACUAGGUCCCAUCCUAAACAGAGGCCAGGAACCAUAGACAACAGCUAUCUCAGCGGGGUGUUCCACCUGUUCAAAGGUGAUGCUAUUUUUGUCAGGAUUAAAAAUUGCACACUGGUGUUGUCAAAUUCUGCUGCGAACUACUUUGGUCUGUUCAUGGUUUAGAAUGUUACCAUAUUGUAAAAUUGUAGGUAAAAAAUUGGGUACAUCCACAGUUGGCUUCAAUGAAAAGCUAAAUCUCAUCACUUUAUUUAUUUUGCUUGUAAAGGUGCACUAACUUCAAAAAAAAGUUUGACAUCCAAAAUGUUUAAAACAAUGUACACUCACAUGAGUUGUCCUAAUUAGUGGCUAAAAACAAGCCUUUUAAUUCUACAUUAGAGUCUCUGAUUUUGGCCAGCAUCACGUGACCAGCCAUAUCUCGAAAUUCCACCGAGAUAAUCAACAAAAACUUCAUGCAUCCAAACUGAGAGGUAUGAGAAUAAAGGCUAGCUAAACAAAGUGGUCAAUAUUUGGCCAGUUAGCAUGGUCAAGUUAGCCCCUGUUGGUACAGUAGAUGCCAUAACUACACCAUCUGAAAGCAAAGUAUCUUUCUCCAAAUGUCUUUCAAAAGUUGCCAUGUAUUCAGAUAGAAUGCAUUUUUUGAAGCAACAUAUCAAUGUCAAUCACAAGUAUUUAAUUCUAUUAGAUAUCUUAAUAUAUUAGUUAUAUGGUAUAGUGCUGAUUUUUGGAGGGCUACUAAAAGCAUGAAAUGGACUUUGACAUCACAGCUCUGCUAAAUGUUUUGGGACUGUGUACAUACAUUUUGUGCCAUCAGCCAAUCAGCAUUGUCAUGAUGGCAUUUUCCUGUUGCUCCAGAGUGAUUAUUAUGAUCAACAUGACAUUUACAGCAAAUUAAUAAAAAAUGUCCCUGACCAGAACUGAGUGCAAAGAUGGCAGAUUUCAAAUGAUUGGAUGAAUGGAAAAAUUACGGGUAGAUCUCGAAGUAUUAUAGACCUAUAGACCAAAAUUAGCUGACUAUUAGAACUGAAACUAUAGACUAUAGAGUGGUGGUGGCAUAGUGGACUAAAGCACUGAACUGGUAAGUAAAAGGUUGUUGGUUCAGUUCCCACAGCCACCACCAUUGUGUCCUUGAGCAAGGCACUUAACUCUAGGUUGCUCCAGGGGGAUUGUUCCUGUAAUAAGGGCACUGUAAGUCGCUUUGGAUAAAAGCGUCAGCCAAAUAUGUAAAUGUAAAUGAAACUAUUACAUAGAGCAUGUCUAUUUUCUUAAUACAUAAAAUAAUGCUGUUGCAAUACACUGCAGCCCCUGCUGGAAUUCAUGUACUUGCAAUAUGAGUAGAUAACUGAGUAAACUCUGGCAGUAUCACACAUUUUUAGAGUGUCUUGUUCUAGAUCACAAAUUAUAUUUUAAGAACAAUAACCAAAGACAUUUCUCUCUUUCACAUAGUUUGUGCAGUGACCAUUCAACCCCAAUACAAUCAGAAGGCUUAAGGUUAAUUGUUACAGGGUUGAAGGUCAGUGCAAAUAGGGCUAAUUAUGGCCUAAAAGGACUAGUUCACCCAAAAAAUGAAAAGGUAACACUUUACAAGGGUCCAUUUGUUAACAUUAGUUAACAACAUUAGUUAACAUGAGCUAACAAUGAACAAUACUUAUUAAGCAGUUUUUAAUCUUAGUUAAUGUUAAUUUCAACAUAUUCAAAUACAUUUUUAAAAUCAAAAGUUGUAUUAGUUAACAUUAGUUAAUGCACUAUGAACUAACGUGAACUAACAAUGAACAAUUGUAUUUAAUUAACAAACAUUAACAAAGAUUAUCAAAUGCUGUAAAAAAUUAUAUUGUUAAUUAUUUGUUCAUGAUACCUAAAGCAUUAAUUAAUGUUAACGAAGGGAACCUUAUUGGUAAGUGUUACCAAUGAAAAUUCUGUCAUACUAUACUCACCCUCAUGUUGUUCCAAAUCGACUUUCUUCCCUAAGCGGCACACAAAAAGAGGUGUUUUGAUGAAUAUUGUGGACCAUCUUCUCAAUACAAUGGCAGUUGAUAGUUCCUCAUUUUAAAGUAUUGUCAAAGUAGUCCAUGCGGCUUGCGCGUCAUACACUCAAUUAAUUUUUUUAAAGAUUUACACAUUUCAACUUCAUAACAAAAGUCCAUCAAAUUUAAUUGAGUAAUCUUUAACAAAAUGAAAUAAAAAAGCUAAAUAUUUUAAGUUUUAUGAAUUACAUUUAGCAAAAAAUUACACAAUUGAAUUUGAUGCAAUUUUGUUAUGAAAUGAAAAUGCAUUAUAUAUAUAUAAAUGUUGUUUUUUGUUUGUUUGAUGUAAUGCAUCAUGUACUCUGCCAUAAUUGAAUCGCGAUUAAUUACUGAAAAUGUAUUGUUUAAUUAAUAAAUGUAAUCGAUUCCCAGUAAUAUAUAUAUAUAUAUAUAUAGUGUAUUCCAAGUUCUCUGAAGGCAAUGAUAGAUAUUGGUAAAAAAUAAAAAAGCGGCCUGAAAUUUAAGUCAUUUUCAGUGAAAAUCUCGACAUCCAUUGCAAGAAGCUUGUUCACAGUGGCUCGCUUGUUCACGGCAGAACUUGAGUUGUUUUUAGCGUUAAAUCUCCUCCAUCUUCUUUUGUGUUCCGUAUAGGAAAGAAAUCAUAUAAUGAUUAAGGUAAAUACAUUUUUAUGCGGGUGAAUUAUUCCUUAAACUAAGAAAUAUCAUUCCUGGCAACAGCUGUCAGAAUAAAGACAACUGGAUCAAAACAUAAAAAUAAAGUUACAGCUCAUUUUUACCUUGAUUUGCACAUGUGUCUUUAAUAUUACUAUUUUUUACUAUUUUAAAUUUUGUAUUUUAUUUUAUUUUUUGUUGUUCAGAUAAAUAUUUAAUUAAACUGUAUGUAAUUCUCUGAAGAUGUUUCUCUCAUACAGUAUACAUGUACUGUAUAUCUCACAUUAGGUGUGAGAGUCUUGUGUUCAUGUGCAGUAUUUUGGCCCUAAGCACUGCACAGGGCCCAUUGUCUAUGUCAAUCAUCUUGUGCAUCACCGGCAUCAAGCUGUUGUAAACUUCAACUGGAACUGAACAAAUUAUUGAAAAUGAAUGUAUUUUAGUUUGUUGGCUAUUCAUUUCCCACUCAAAAUAAAGGUAUUGA